AUGGCGUCUGCUCUCUCUGUGAAAUCCUUUGAGGUUGCUCGAGGGCCAAAAAGCUUCAUCGUAUCAGUGGGCAGCGGAGUCAAGAUCAAGGCUGCAAGAGGGGAAAAAGCAGGGGCAUGGAAAGGAGCCACCUUUUACAUGUCUCGUGUCCUGGAGAUCCUUGUGCGGAGGGGGAAAGUUCAGCUCACAGUGGAGCACCUCUACAAAAAGAUAGAGCUUACACGAGAUUUGGAGUUGAACGAGCUGCCCAAACAAGCCAAGGCAAAUCAACUGUGGCCCAGUCCUUGCCAGGAUACAUAUGAUGUUGAAACAGUGCUAGAUGUCUUCACAGUCUUUCAUUACAAGACAAUCGCCGCCUUAUAUCCUGGUGGGCUGCCAGCAAUAAUGCAGCUCGGUUGGGAGCACCGGGCUGCCACAGCGUCCAUUAUCUUUGUUCCGCACAAGGCUGUUCUUGAUGGGCUUCUUGGAAAGGGCUGGAACGAGAAAGUCAACGGGCGAGGACUGGAAAGAGUUAAAGCGUGCAUUGCAUUUGAGAGCUUGAAGAUCAGGUAUCACUACGCACGGCAGUGCAUUCUCAUGACGUGGCACUACCAGCGCUUCAUGUGGAAUAGGAGGGAAGAGGAAUGGAUUGCCCUUGACCUGAACCCGCAGACUGUGUUGCAACGCAAGGAGAUUACCCUUCAAGUGUACCUUGAUGGAGAAGAGCAUCUUGGGGAGGUCAGAGUUGAGGCCAAAGACAACCUCUCCGAUGUUCGGGUGGCCAUCAUCACCCAAUUAGUCGGCAUUGCUCCGCAGAAGUUCAAUUUCUUCACCGAAUAUAAGCACGAGCAAUUUUCCAAGAUCCAGUCCCGGUUCGAGAAAAGGUACUCGGUGAAGAAGUUCCUUCUGGACGAAGACGAUGGAGAGAUCAUCAUAGACAAGCAGGACCCCCCUCCAACGAAUUUUGACGACUUGAUGAACAUCUUAUGA